AUGGACAACCCCCACGGGUCCCGCGCCUGCUCGUCACGCCCGUUGCGCCCUCCCCGUCGCGCUUGUCCGCCCUGUCCGUCCGUCACGCCCUACGCGCCCUUCCCAUCCGUCGCGCCCCCGCUGCGCGCCGUCCCGUCCCUUCACGCGUCGCCUGCCUCGCCCCGUUCCGUCACGACCGCAGCAGCAGCAGCGCGCAGCUGCGUACAACCCGAUGGCUGUGGCCGCGAGUUUUACUUCAAGGCUAACUUCUCCUUCACCAUGCUCCGCUCCGGCAAGACGGGCGGCGACGGCUUGGCAUUUGUGAUCUCCAAGACCGCUGCGGCAGGCACCCAGGGCGGCAUGGGGUACGGAGGGAUGGAGAGGGUGAGCAUGGCAGUAGAAUUCGACACUUGGCUGAACAAGGAGGACAAGGACGCCAGCAACAACCACGUGGGAGUGAACGUGAACGGGAGCGCCAUCUCCAAAGUCUCGGUGAAGAGCAAGCUGCUGCUGAAUAGUGGCAUGCCGUACUUUGUGUGGGUGGAGUACAGCCCUGCAGGCAACGGCACGCUGAACGUGUCCCUCGCCACCAUGCCCUCUCCCAAGCCUGCCAAGCCGAUGCUCUCCACGCCCCUCUCACUUUGUGAUGUGCUCGAGCCCAUCGAUGCCUCCACCUCUUUCUACUUUGGGUUUGUCGCCUCAUCACGGGCGCAGUUCACCCAGCAGCACACCGUUGGCAUCACCACUGUUGAGACUGGCUACGCUCCAGCCUCCACGCUUUCGCACCGCAGAGAGAGCUGCUGGGCAUACGCAGUGGUGGCAAGCGUGGAAGCAGCGUACGGCAUCGCCAACAAUAGCAGCAGUGGCAGCUACCCAUCUCUCUCUGUGGACUCACUCUACAAGCUCAUGGGGCUGCCGAGCUGCUCCCAGGGCUCGCCCUCCCUCGCCUUCAAGCGGCUCACUGAGCUGGCAGCGACCAGUGGCGGGCUGGAGGAGGCCACUCCCCGCAAGUCGCCUGUGAAGAAGUACGUGGUGAGCGGGUUUGAGCGCACGGCCUUCAAGGGCUACUUUGGCCUCCUGCUGGCCGUGCAGCGGCAGCCUGUGGUGGUUCACAUCCAGGCCUCUGCCGACUCCUUCAUCUAG